AUGGGUUUCUGUAGACGGUGCGGCGAUAUCGUCACUGGACCUAAGUGUAAAUGUGGGGGAACAGCAGUAGCACCUGUUGUUAAGUGGAAUCAGAACGCCGCAAAACCCUCUACGCCUGAUAGGUGGUCACAAACGUAUACCAAAGAGAAGCCCUCUUCACGCUCCCGCUCUGCAACGGUCGAUACCCCUUCUAGCGUUGCCUCAACACAGGCUACUUCGCGAUUUCCCCGUCCAAGCUCCACCAUCGGAUCUCGAGUCAACGAACAUAUCGCUUCUACGACCCAGUCACGACCUUCAUCGCCCCUCAAACACUCAUCCUCGCUCCUAGAUAAUCCGUCGUCAGGUAUUCUUCCAUCGCCUUACACAUCUGAACUAUCCAAAGUCUACGGUUCAGUCCUUCAACCAAAGGAGUCUCUUGACAGUUAUCAUUGUCACACUUGUUCUGCGCCAUUCCCUCCUGAUGCUACCAUCUAUCCUGAUCCCAGGGAUGAAUCUGGCACUCGGUUCAUGUGCCGUGCUUGCUUUGUAGUCAACGGCGGCUCUAAAGGUGAUUGCCCGGCCUGUCACCGCCCUGUUCUGAUCUUGAAAAGCGAAGGAGGAUUUGUCGAGAAUGCUGGAAAAGUCUGGCACAAGAGAUGCUUUCAAUGCGCUGGUUGCGGCAGGAACAUUGGUGAUAGCCCUAUGGUUGAUCUCUUAGGGCAGCCUUCAUGCGCGGACUGCUUUGAUUCUUGCUUGAAGAGGACACACGACAGCCCUUCUCUCGACCGGAACGACGGAGUGUCAGGAUAUGGUGGUCUGAGGUCUAGUAGAAGGCAAAGCAGAGAAGGAAGCCCAGCUCUCGAAGAAUUGGUGCAAAGACUAGGCAUCUUGAAGUCGAGAGAAUCUACUCCAGUCAAGGACGAUGCCAAACCUCGAACCAGUAUCGGCUUCCAGAACUCCUCCGUCAUAGAUGAUGUUUUCACGAGUCCCCGCGGAAGAGCAGCCUUGGGUUUUGACGAUGCCUCUCCAUCAUCUCAAAGAGUUCAAGUUAUCGACGACGGCACCCAUAUUCGACGACCUUACAACCGAUUCAUGACCCCUGAGGCUGACGAGGGCAGUCCUCGAUCUGGUGGUGGAAGCCCUAGGCUGAGUGGUAGCCCUAAACCCACGCAGGAAGCUAUAGAGGAGAUGAAGCGAAGAUUCCUGCGACAAGCCGGAUCACCUGCUCUGGAGCGAGACAGCGACUUUGCCUCGUCCGCAGAUAGCACGCCCCGGGCGACACCCAAGGCGAAAGCGAUGCUAUCAAAUAUCAAUACUGAAUCACCGACUUCCCAGAAAGCAUCGCCUAUCUCAAGGAUCCCUGUUCGAACUACGAACUUGUCUGGCGGACCCCCGCUCAGGAGCCGAGCGUCCUUCUCGUCUUUGAAACAGGACAUAGAAUCUGUCAUCUCUGUUCCAUCUACUCCCGAACUGUCAUCCGAUUUCUCUGAUACCACCACACAAUCUUCCGCACCCUCAUCACCUCCCUCGUACAGCCCUCCAUCCCGGCACGAUGGAUAUGCCAUAAAGUCGAGACCGUCACUCUCUGACAUGAGAAUAGCUACCCAUUACACUGGGGAAACGAUCAAGUCUACUUACUCUCUCAGCACGGCUCCGAGCUCUGUAUCUUUUCAGAAGGGCGAUCCUCAAUCCGCAUCUGGUCCUGUGGCGGACACUAAAUGUGCCAAAUGCUCAUUGCCAUUGUUCAGCGUGAGAGGUGGGGGGCGGUACGUCACGGUACCAGAACCUUCGUCCACUGGGGCAGCACCCAGAACGUAUCAUACAGAUUGUUUCAGGUGCAGAAUAUGUGAUGGGGUUUUCGAAGAAAAAGAGAAGGGACAGGCUGUGUUCGUCAGAGGAGUGAGAGGGGCUUGUCACUUGGACUGUGCACCCAAGGAGAAGAUCACUGUCCGUCCCCUGAAUACAAGCACGACUUAUAGUCUUCCCCUUGCUCCUGUCUCGACAACUCCGACCAGCACUCCUGCACCACCAAGUUACUCAAGCUCGGCUUCGCCAUAUUCAUCGAGUCGGUAUACUGCCCCUCCUCCGUCCGCCCCUGCCACGUCGACCUCAUUUCCUCGAUUCGGCUCAUCUACGGCAUGCCCUGGCUGCCAUCAGGCGGUAUCUCUUAUGGAGCGAGGGGUUGUACCCGGGCCCCAGGGCAUCCGAUGGCAUGCGACAUGCCUUAUAUGCGGUGGUAAAGAGGCAAAGGGACGAGGCGGACGCAGGAAAGACGGCAAACCGGGAUGCGGCAAGAAACUGGACAGUUCCGCGAAGCGCGACAGCGAGGAAGGGAGUGUAUGGUGCCGUGAAUGUCUGUUGCUGCUUCCUGUCUCUGCGCGCGCUCCGCAUGCCUCUCCCAUUCGUGCUACUCCCCUCCACACCUCCCAGCCUACUCAUACAGGCACCUCUUCGAACAGCACAGGAACGUUUGGACGGAUUGCGCCGCAGUAUACAGGUGGAACAUCUAUCACCCGCCAGCACACUGGCGGCGGCGCCAUUGCUCCUCAAUACACAGGUGGCGGUAACAUUGCUCGCCAGUAUACGGAUGGCAGUACCAUUGCUCGCCAAUAUACGGGUGGCAGCACCAUCGCUCGCCAAUACACUGGUAGUGCCACGAUCCCCCGUCAGCAUACUGGCGGAACAACUAUUGCUCGUCAACUGACCGGUCUUUCCGGAGGGCACGACUCAGCCCUGCUUCGUCAGUUGACGGGCGGUGGGCUCAGUCCCACAAGACAGUUGACUACCAGCCCUACGAAGACUAUCGGUCGGCAAUUCACAGGAGGUAGCGCAGCAGGUGGGGCAGUGCGACCAAGGCCGAAAUCAGUGAUUGGCAUGCGAGACGAGGGACGAGGUAUGUUUCUUGUCCGGCAGAUGACAGGCGGGGGCCUAUAACGAAACGGAUUCUGACAUGAAUUUACGAUCAUGCAACGAGUUUUUGUAUCUAUACCCUCAUGCUUCAAAAAUUCAUGGUUACUGUGUACGACGG